AUGAGGAAGGUCUUCCAAGAGAAUGGUUGUACCGAUUCGAGAUGUGAUAGCGGGUCAAUCAAGAAAGGUGCCAGUUCUAUUCUACGAGCUGCUUCCAAAGGUGAGAAAGCCUGUUUCUCUGAGCUAAGACACAUGCCCGGAAAAGAAAAGAAUCUGGGGUCUAUGAUGUCGAACCGACAUCCCUGUUUGGAAUGGGAUUUUCUUGAAAGGGACCGGCUAACCACUCGCUCUCUCAGUCGAGCAAACCUUUCGCUUUCCUUUGACUUGCGGAUACUUCCUUGCGAAUAA